AUGUCCGGUCACUUCACCCUAUAUUUUCGCGCUCUCGCUGCCAUUCGGUCAUCACCGUUCUUUGGUUAUAUAUUCGGUUACUUAAACAGUUAUUAAUUAGUUGCAUUGCUGACAUCAACGGCGUAACGACUGUAUUGUAUUACAAGCGUGACAAGACUUGUAUUUCUAUAAAACCAUGCCGGGAAAUAACGCCAACGGAGUGAAUGGCACUACACGUAAAAUGGCUACCCUUGAGCAGUUAUUUCAGCCGGUCCAGCCGAGGAUCGAUGACACCGGCAAUAAGGUCACUGUUGUCGGUACCGGUCAAGUUGGAAUGGCCGCUGUCUUCUCUAUGCUGACACAGGGUGUAACGAAUAACAUCGCAUUGGUUGACGUCAUGGAAGACAAGUUGAAGGGCGAGAUGAUGGAUCUUCAGCAUGGCUCCGCCUUCAUGAAGAAUGCAAGGAUCCAGGCCAGCACUGAUUACGCAAUUUCAGCUGGCUCAAAGAUUUGUGUGGUAACGGCUGGUGUCCGUCAACGGGAAGGCGAGUCGAGGUUGGACCUAGUGCAGAGAAACACUGACGUUCUCAAGAUAAUCAUCCCGCAGCUCGUCAAAUACAGUCCGGACGCAGUAUUCAUAAUUGCCAGCAAUCCAGUCGACAUUCUCACGUAUGUGACCUGGAAGAUCAGCGGGUUACCCAAGCACCGUGUUAUCGGGUCUGGCACGAAUCUAGACUCUGCUAGAUUCCGCUAUCUCCUAUCGGAGAAGCUGUCCGUGGCUGCCACAUCCUGCCACGGAUACAUCAUCGGUGAACACGGAGACAGCAGUGUUCCUGUAUGGUCUGGCGUGAACGUAGCUGGUGUACGUCUGAGCGAUUUGAAUGUCAAGAUCGGAACCGACGGAGACCCGGAGAACUGGCAGGAACUGCACGAUAUGGUAGUGAAGAGUGCUUACGAAGUGAUCAAACUGAAGGGCUACACGUCCUGGGCUAUCGGACUAUCUCUGUCGCAGCUCGCACGAGCCAUCCUGACGAAUGCUAACAGUGUUCACGCUGUGUCCACUUAUCUCAAGGGUGAGCACGGAAUCGAAGAGGACGUGUUCCUGUCCCUCCCAUGUGUGCUGGGCAGCAAUGGAGUCUACGACGUCAUUCGCCAACCCCUUACAGAGAAGGAACUAGGGCAGCUCCGCAAAUCAGCACUGUUGAUGGCACAAGUACAGGCCGGAAUUCAGUUUUAAUUUUUAUAGCACCGAGUUAAAAUAGCCGGAAAUUGGGAGAUUUCAUUAACAAUCAGGACUUAAAGUAAAAAUCUUAUAACGGAAACGGAAUAUAUGGAAAUAACGUCGAAAUUGUCGAACCAUAAAUCCAAAAUCAUACUUAAUUUCGGUGAAAUCAUACGAUGAUUGCCAAAAUUUUGAAAAUAGAGAUGAUUCUUAUUUUAGAAUCGCAAUUAGGUUUAAAUCUUUUUUUAACAUUAGAAGACAAAAACCUAAAAUAUAUUAACUUAAAUAAAAAUUAAAUGAUUUUCAAAAUGCACUUCAUUUUAAAAUUUGACGUGCACAUAGUUAUUUGUAGUUGAAUAUUUUAUUGUGAGUCGCUUAUUAUAUCGAUGUCUGUUUAUCAAAUUAAUAUUUAAUAAACUUUACUUAUACACAAUUAUUUAUAAGCACGGUGUGAAUGUCACGAAAAAUUCUAACCAAUGUUUUUUAAACAAGGCACAUUUUUACGCACAAAUAUAUUUCACAUUUAUAUACAUGUACUAUUUAAAUUCACGAUAGAUUAACUGAUUUAUAUAUUAUCUUUUUGUUUAAAUAGAUUUAUUAAGAAUACGAUAGGAAUAGGAUUGGAUAUCAAAUCAUACAGUCACAUUAGUAAAUAUGAUAUAGCGGAUACAUUGCGACACAAUGAUUUAUCCAUUUAUUAGUCAUUCGUAAUGCGAAGGAAGAAGACACUAAAUUGUGUACUUAAACGACCGCUACUCAACAUUUAUUCUUGAGGAUUAUUGCGAGUAUUUAUUAAUUUAAAUUAUAUUUUUUUUAUAUUUAAGUAUUAACGACUGUUAAGUAAUAAGCCACGAUUAAUAUUUGACUGAAAUAUAACAUGAAUUUUGUUAGAAUUUAAAAAAACAUUACUAUGGCAGCAACUGUAACUGUUCAACUAUUCAAAAGGUCGUAAGUGAAAAUUGCCUAUUUGAAAGUAUUUUCCUAUGCCGUUUCUAUAGUAACAAACAAAUAUUGUGCCUUUGAACAUUCACUAAACAAAUGUCUGUGACAUACGACUUUUAUUAAUUUUAUUAUUAUUAUACUUGUACAGUCAGGGUAAGAAAACCUUCGUCAGUUUUCAAAUUCAUUAAACAGAAAAAUGCACAUAAAAUUAAACUAACAUAGUAUGAUAACUAGGUUCAAAAUAGUGUACAUUGCGACGCAAUAUGUCAUACUCAAUCGGUAAAGCAGAUUAUCGCUCAUACUGAGCACACGAAAAUAGACCUUAAGGUGACGAACCUUUUCUUAGCCCGACUGUACCUGUGAUUAGACUCCUAUUCUAAGGCCAGCCAUAACUGAUGAAAUUCAUAUAAAGUCAGACAUACCCGUGACACUUAUAAGAAUUUAUCGAUAAAGAAUCAUGACAUUUCCCAGUGCCGAAUUUAUACCUAAGCAUUUUGUAGUUUUAUUAUUCUAACUUAUUUUAAUAAAUAAUGAAUUAAUACGUAUUUCUCUAUUAUAAUUCUAGAACCUUCGAACUGUACGCUACUCUAUAACAUUGCAUUUAUUUUAUGGUAUUAAUAAGAAAGGAAAAUAAAUUCGAUUUAUAAAUAUAUACUUAAUUGGAAAUAAAUAAUUGAUAGUAUAUUUUUUAAUUAUAUUACGAAAUAGUUUUUAUAUCACAGAAGUAAUUGUGUGUUUUAUUAAUCUGUGCUGUUUCGAUUUGUGUAAUUUUAUACGUCUAUUGAUGAUGUGGACUUUGUAUCAAAUUUAUUUAUAUUAAAUGUUUCGAAGUAGAACUGA